AUGGCAACCCCAUGGCCCCAGGAGCAAACAUGGCCAACGCACCAUCGAGAGCACGCCACUCAACUUAGCAGACACCUUCAGACAGCACUCAAAUCAAUCGACACCGCAAACGAAUACCCCCUUGACCCGAAAGCCGUGAAAGCCACUCUCAUUGCUACCAUCUCCCUACUGGCUAAAAUGCAAAAAUUGCCCGAGCUCGGACACCUCCACCAAGCUAUUGAGAGUCUACGUGCGGAAAACAAGACGACCAACGAGAGCAACAUCCGCGAAUCGAGAACCAUCAGGAUUGCUAUGCAGCAGAAUACGGCCGAACUGAAGGAAAACACCAACACAACGCGCGCAGCCAGCGCGGCUGCCAAGGAGGCUUGGAAAGCCAGCGAGCUGGCGGUCAAGGUCGUGAAGGAUAUCAAAGCACUAGAGCCGAUGAAUCAGGGGAACACCGUGCAGUCAUAUGCCAGCGUAGCCGCCCGAGGAGGACUUGCAGGGAGCAUGCAUAACCCCUGUAACCAGAGAGCGUCCCAGACCCAGAUUCUGCGUGAAAUCAUUGUGAACAUUAGAGACCCUAUCACCAUUGCCAGCAUAAGAGCCAUGAACCCCCGUAGCCUCAAGGCGCACGUAGACCGCGCAAUCGAACAAAGCAGCAACGAGCAUAUCCGCAAGCUCAAGACCGUGUCCGCCAAUCAACUCAAGAGCGGCGACCUGAGCGUCAAGACAGCAACGACGAAAGACAUGGAGGCCCUCCGGCAGUUUGCCGAGGACUGGGAAAACCACAUCGGCAACGGAGCCGCCGUGAGGAUCCCAACCUACGGAGUGCUGGCGCACGGCAUCAGAACCAGCUCCAUGAACAUGGACCGCUUUACAGAAAUCAGAGACGACCUGCUGCAGGACAACAAAGCAUUCAUCCCCAGAGCAGACAUUAAGUACGUAGGCUGGCUGACCCAAUCGGCCAGCAAAAAGACGGCAUCAUCAGUGGUCGUGGAGCUCUCAAGGGCAGAAGACGCCAACAAACUCAUUGACGAGGGACUCAUCUGGCAAGGCCAGGUGUUUCAAUGCGAACGAUACGAUAGCCAGUGCCGUCUGAGGCAGUGGUUCAAGUGCUGCGCAUACGGCCACAUAGGAACCCAAUGCAAGGCAACGACAACAUGCGGCUAC